GAGGCUGUUUUGUGCAAAUGUUGCAGCAUAUAUUUAUAAUAUGCCAAGGACGGUUCAACACAAGAUUGUUCAAUUUUGUAGUUUAAACGAACGAUGUAACGGUUACAGAUAUUUUUGGCCAUAGCAAAGUAAGGAAAUUAGCGCGAAACAUCGCGAUUCAUCAGCCAGAGUAAUAAUGUUUGAGCUACGCCCGGCAGCCAUUUUAUUCUGCGCACUGGUACCGAGAUGUUUACUUAGCCAUGUUUGAAAAACCUGUGUUAUCUCUAAUCAAAUAAUUUGAUAGUCGAUGUAUAUACUAAACAAAAUGUUCUCUACAUCUAUUGAAAUAAAAUAAAUAUCACCCUAUAAAUAGAUAGAAAAUUUUAAAUUACGAAAUAAAAAUUUAAUAUUUUCCGUUUUGAGAAAUAGAAAUAUUAGGUAAACAAUUUUAAUCAUUGUUUCUGUGAUUUCCGUAUGCGAUCUGGAUAUUCAGGGAGAAAACUCGAAAAAAUGCUUACUUUUUACCCAGAGGUUGCUCACCAGACCACUGCCAUUCACCCGUCGCAUUUUCAAUCUCCGCCUGGUCAUGGUGGACGAUAUGACGCAAGAUUGGCUCCAUACGGUUCCCAACGUGGUACUCACAUGCCUCAGCAAGGGAGUAGACCAGAUGGAAUUUCGCCACCGUCAUGUCACCUUCCGUAUGGCUCCAGCAGCCAUAGACGUGAUCACAUGCAUUCAUCACCGAAUCCGAUGCAAAUAUCUCCAUCAGAACGUGAUGUGAGUUCUAGCCACGGUCGACUGGAACCUUACAGUUUACCGGCAUCGCACGGUCAACAUCAGAGCAUGUAUUCUACUUAUUAUUCGCGACCUAGUUCAAAUUCACAGAAUCAGCAGAUAUCUUCUCCCGGAGUGAGAGAUCAUUCGUGCGAAACCGGAUAUUCUCCGCAUAAAAAUGGCGCCAUGAUUGAUCCAAAACAUGCAAAACAACCGUCUGAAGUAGAUAAUACCGAUGAUUUGUGUAACGAUUCAAAAGAACAACAAGUCAAUAGCACUUGUGACGAAUUGGGUUACGAAAGCAAAGAUGCUCAGGACGACGACUUUGAAUACGACACACUUUCACAACCGAGCCCUAAAUCUUCCGAAGCAUCGAUAAAUAAGGACAAAGUUGACGACCAAAACGAGAAGCGACCAGACAAAAAUGCUUCUCAAGAGAACUUAGUCACAACGACAAGUUCUGGACGCAGACGAAAACGCCCAAUUCAACGGGGUAAACCUCCAUACAGUUACAUUGCUCUCAUAACAAUGGCAAUUGCGAGCGCUCCAGAAAGAAAACUAACAUUGGGGCAUAUUUACAAAUUUAUCAUGGAACGAUUUCCUUUUUAUCGAGAGCAGAAUAAAAAAUGGCAAAAUUCCAUCCGGCAUAAUCUAACUCUGAACGAUUGUUUUAUAAAACUUCCUCGUGAGCCAGGAAAGCCGGGAAAAGGGAACUAUUGGACCCUUGAUCCAGCAGCAGAAGACAUGUUUGACAACGGAUCGUUUCUGCGACGCCGAAAAAGAUUUAAAAGAACCGAUACUGAAAAGGCGAUGCUAAAUUCGUAUCUCCAAGAACAAAGUGCGUUUACAUCUCCUGGGGUAAAAGGGUAUCCCGGACAACCGGGUGGAGGUUACUACGGGCCACCUCAUCCACCCACUGCAUAUCUGACUGCAAUGCAUAAUCAGGCUCCCGUCGGGCACCCUCAUUUGUCACACUAUCCCAUGUCUGCUAAUUCGUCCGCGGUCAUUAACAGUCAGAUGUUCAGCAUUGAUAACAUCAUAGGACCGGUUCGUCAAAGCGAUCAACACGGUCAUGCUUGCUUGAGCACUAACCCCCCCGCGCAUUCUGGCAUGCACGUGCCGUCGCACGAAGCGCCUGGUCAAAUGCAUGAAAACCCAUCAUCUCCACAACAUAUCAGCCCAGUAUCUAUGUAUUCUACAUUUGGCCCGCCUGGACUUUUGUCUCACGCUAGUGCUGCGAAUCCCUCAUCAUUAUCGCCCAAUGCACCCGGUUACUACUAUCCGUCCAACCCCGUAAAUAUUGGCGCAUCGGCGUAUCAUAGCGGGGCAGGUGGCCUAUAUACCCCAAACUCACGGUACGGCUUGGGAAAUACCAAGUCGUCAGGUGGAUACUCUAACAGUAGCAUCACGGGACACGAUGGCCUCAGUGGCAGCGACUCAGGGGAGCAAUUAACUACAUUGCAACCAGCACCACAAUUGAACGGACUCAGUGGUAGCAACUAUAUGAGAAGUCCAGAGGUAUCAUAUCCUGGUUUUAAUCGCUAUCUAGCACCAGUCUGAAAACAGUUGAAACUUCGUUUAAAAUGAGCCCUCAAAUUAUUAAACCUAGUUUAGUAAUGGUAAUAAAGAUUGAACUAAAAAAUAUUCUGGUCACACUCUAUACACUGUUAUAAACUUGUAUUAUACCUACAUCUUAAAAUGAUCAAUCGCGAUUUAAGUAUGUGGAAAUAUUCGGUUAGGACGGUGUUUUAUUUUUUUCUCCAUUAUCAAAUUCGAGUUAAUUAAGGCAUCUUGUAUAUCCUACAUGUAAUAGGCGAAUUCAGUAAUUUGUUUAUAAAAACAAUAUCAUAAUUAUAAACGUGUGUAAAUCUUUCCUUAUCAAUUUAAUUUUGUCAAUACUUGAUAUGAGAAUAAAAAAAGACCUAUUCCACCCAUUGGUGAUUAAAACAUGUAAAAUGUCAAUUUCCAAGCAUCGAUACCAAAACCAAUUAUGCACACAUGCAUAAAAUCUUUCGAUAUCAAAUAACGUAGAUAAAAUCCUGCGCCCAGUUCAUUUUUUUUUAUAAUUAUUAUUAUUGGAUUGUUUCUUUUUUAUUUUAUCAUCUCGCUAUAUCUUUGAUUUCAACAUCACUGCACUCCUAAAACAGUAAAUCGUUGACACAACUCUUCUAGUUUUACGCCACUACCAAUGCCAUGAUUCAUAAAGAUAAAUAAUAAACAAGUACUAAUGAAACGAUAAAUAAUAAAUUUAGUACGCUCUUAUACCAAACUGGAAAGUUUGCAGUUUAUACCGGCUGCAGCAGCUCCCUAUUCCUCUAAGUCUUGUUCGUAACAAAAUGUGGGCUAACAUAUAAAUGAUACUUGUAUUCUGAUUGAGUAUGAUAUUUCCUUUCCCUAUCAUUAGAUUAGACAAAGAUAUGGUUGAGGUUUCAUAUAAUAUAGCACAGCUGUUUUAACUGCAAUUUCGUCAUGUCAUUUUUGGGCAUAAAUACGCCAUUUCUGUUUCCAAAACUCAUUGUGUCCAUGACAGAAAAGACUUAUAUUGAGAGUAGAAAAAAAUACAUUGUAUAAGGUUACUUCACGCUUUGUAUCUUUUUUGUAGGCGAUUUGUGUGAUUUAUUAUAAUAAUUUUUAUCUUUGUUUCUUGCCCGACCGAGUGUGUUUGAUAAACAUGGCAGUCCGAUUCUUCGUGUGAGUCAAGUUUUUUGCGCAACCAAACAUAAUCCACUUUUGCCUCCCCCGAGUAUUUAUCAACUUGAACAUUUGUAAACUAAGAUUACAAAAUAUUGACAUUAUUUUUGUUUAUUUAUGUUUCUGCUGAUUUUUCUAUAUUUUAGCCUGUGUCAGUGUAUACCGUCCAGUUUGUCUAAAAUUUCUCCUUUUUAUUUUUCGAUUCGAGUGAAACUAAAAUCAGCUGAGAAAAAUAUGGAGAUUAAAAUCUUAUAUAAUAGUUUUAAAAAGUGAAUUUCCCCACCCCACCGAAUUUCCAUCCGGAUUUUAUGCCUAAAAUGUAUGGCGGUUUGAAUGUCCUCAGUGGCCUAUACAAGAUUAGUCAGUAUCAGUCUCCACAGUACCAUAAUAAAUAUAGGCCGAUAGAAUUUUUGCUAUAUUGUAUACGACACUGAAUUCAUUACCGUUGACGUUGGCCAAGAGUAGUUUACCAAUUAUAGUCAUUUUAUUAUUGCUUUUUGUUUAAUUUUAAAAUUGACGAUUUUCCGAAAAAUGUUUUUGUUUGCUUGCUAUACUUUGUUAUUGAAAAAUAUAAAAU